AUGUCCCUGUCCAAUCCUUUAUCUCAUGGGUUGUUGAAAGAUCUUGGCAAACUUGCAGAGUUGAAAGGACGGGGUCUGAUUCUUGACCGUCACUUCGAGACGAUAAAAACACAUGUGAAGGCGGGAAACUCCGUUGCGAAGGAGCGGUGGGACGCCAUCGAGAGCGCGUGGGGGUUGAAGCAGAACGGUAUCUUCGACGAAGGAGACACCCGCCUGUCCUUGUCAUCCCAACAAGAUGCCAGCAGCGCACGAGGUGCUGCUGCACCUUCUCAGCACCCACCUGCUGCUGCAGCGGGUACCGCGAGGAGGAAGCGGACAAUCGGUGCGGCUGCGGCGGAUGCUACGGAAGAAUCUGAAGGGCGUGUCCUGCCGUGGGAAGAAGCCGGGCCUGGGCGUUGUUGGCACGUGAAGGUCGAUGAUGCGACGGGGGCGGCUUCGUUUGUCCUCCAGCGGAAGCGCUUUCUCGAUCUAGACUUGGAAAGCGACGGCGAUACGACUAUAUAUAGGUUCAAAGCCAAUGCUGUCAACCGGCUGCGCAUCCUCGAGGACAACGCCGCGGACCUCUGGAAGGAGGAGGAGCGCACGCCUCUUCAGUACUUAGAGGAUCGUCUCAAGGUUCACUACAGCAACGUACGCCAACAGCGCCAAUUGGUGUUGAAAUAA